CGUGAUACAGUGGUACCGAUGCUGUGGGCCGAUAACGCAGAAAAGCGGUACAGCACAGCUAGUGAGAAUCUGGGACCGAGGUAGCUGCCCGACCCCUUGCCCCAUGUAAAUACUGGCUCCUUUGUGUAUAUAGUCUCAAUUGUCCGAAACCUACGUAUUCUUCCUCUCGUCCCAUUGAGGCACCCACUUCUAGUCCUCACAAUGGCACCAUCCCGUGAGGAGAUCCUCGCGCUCGCCACCAGCGACGUCCGCAGUGCAAUUCCCCAGGAGACUCUCCUUCCACUGAUCACAAGCCCUCCCUUCAUCCCCUCCAAAUCUCUCUUCAACCUUCGAGACGUCGGCGCGGUGCCCGGCUCCGCCAUCCCUGCGGGACGUAUCUUCCGCACGGGUGCCCUCGCGCAAGCCGCGCAAGACUCCGAGGCCCUCGCCUGGCUGCAGGCCAAUGUCAAGAAGAUUUUUGACCUGAGGAGGGGCCCUGAGAGGGAAGCGGCGCCGGAUCCCGAGCUGGAAGGCGUGGAGAAUGUCUGGUACGAGACCGAAGGAAAGUAUCCAGCCCCUGAUCUGGCUGCCUUUGCCGCCGCGGAUGGGUCCGAGGCGUGGGCGGACCAGCUCAUGACUGUUGCGUCCAGCUACAAACCUGUGAUACGCGAGCUUCUGUGGCACGUACGAGAUCAUCCUCUGGAACCAUUCCUGUUUCACUGCACUGCUGGCCGUGAUAGAACGGGCCUUGUGGCUGGUCUGUUGAACCAGCUGGCUGGCACUGCGCAGGACGACAUCGUUUACGACUAUCUCAUCUCGCGGCUGGGCACGGAGCCUGUACGCGAUAAGCUGGUCAAUUUCGCCUUGAUGAGCUUGGGUAUCGACGACAUUGAAACACCAGGUUUCGCGAACCUUGUCGACUUGCGCGCAGAGUAUUGGGUAGCGUUCCAGACAGCUCUGCAAAAGGAGUAUGGAAGCUGGGAUGGCUAUGUUACCAAGGGCCUUGGGUUCUCUGCAGAGGACCUGGAGACAAUCAAGAAGAACCUACGAUCGUAGGAGAGUGUGUCAGCAAUGAGAUUGAAUUUAGAGUUGUAAGCAGCGCUAUGCAUCCGUAUCAUGAUUCGUCCCAAAAAGCUCCUCCUCUAAUGUUCUUCCUCUCUCACUGCU